AUGGAAGCCCAAGAAAACGCGAAGAAACGCGUUUGCGUGGUCGGCGCUGGGGGAUCGGGAUUGCCAUGUAUCAGAUGGGCUAAAGAGUACGACUUCGAUGUGACGUGUUUCGAGGGAUCGAACGGCAUCGGCGGGCUCUGGCACUAUAAACCGGGCCCAACUGAUCUCUCAAACGUUAUGCGAAGCACCGUCAUCAACACCUCAAAGGAGAUGUUAGCUUAUUCGGAUUUUCCACCUGAUGAGAAAUUACCCAUCUUCAUGCAUCACUCGGCUUUGCAUCGAUACUUGAAAGACUAUUGCACUCAUCAUGACCUUUGGAAACAUAUCAAACUACAGCACAAGCGGACCAGCGACUAUGCGGAAACUGGAAGGUGGACUGUCGAGUACCUGGAUUCAUCUGGACAAUCCCACGAAAAUGUCUUUGACGCUGUGCUUGUGGCUACAGGGCAUCAAGCAACACCUAACUACCCACAGUCAUUCCCAGGACAAGAGUCAUUCACUGGAAAGAUCUCACAUUCCCAUGACUACAGAAGUCCAACCGGUUAUGAUGAGAAAACUGUUGUCGUGGUUGGUGUGGGAAACUCAGGCGCCGACAUAGCAAGCGAGUUGGCAAGGGUCACGAAGCAGGUCUACCUAGUAGCAAGACGAGGUGGUGUCUGGAUAUUCAAUCGAAUGGCUGACCGGGGCAUUCCUUUGGAUUACAUCUUGGGAAACAGAUUCACUACACACGUAAUGAUGAAAUUCUCUUCGCCAAAAAGGUUAAGCAAAAAGCUCGAAAAGAGCUUGAACAAGAAAUUCGAUCACGAGAAAGCUGGGAUCAAGCCACCGUUUGGGCCAUUGUGCGCUCAUCCCACUGUUUGUGACGAGUUACCCCUUCGACUCACCGCUGGCACUGUAGUGAUGCGGCCACAGAUCAAAAUGUUCACUCAAACGUCGGUGAUUUUUGAGGAUGACACCGAAGCACAGAAUGUCGAUGAAGUCAUUUUCUGCACCGGUUUCACGUACGACUUGAAGAUUCUGGAGAACGGAAAAACGCUCCCCGUGGAAAACAAUCACCAUCCCGGCCUCUACUUGCACAUGUUCCCGCCAGAACUCGAUAAGAAUACGUUGUGCUUUGUGGGAUUGCUCAUGCCUUGGGGUGGCCUAUUUCCAGCAGCCGAAAUGCAGGCUCGCCUCUUCUGCGCUCAAUUAGCUGGAGAAGUUGAGCUCCCACCAGUAGAUCAAAUGAAUCGAGUGAUCGCCCAGGAGAUUGAGGCCGCUAAGAAACGUUUCGUUAACAGUCAACGUCACAAUUUUGAAGUUGAUUACGAUCCUUAUAUGGAUCGUUUGGCCGGCAUGCUUGGAUGUAUGCCGAAAAAUUUCAAACUCUUCCUCACCGAUUUUUCAUUUUUUAGAAAGGUCUUCUUUGGACCAAGUAUCCCUGCCAUUUAUCGGAUCCACGGAAAACACGCGUGGCCAGGUGCCCGAGAAGCGUAUUUGGGACUAGAGCAUCGAACCACUUGUGUGAGGUUACCGAUGCCAGGCGCCAACGAAAGAAAAUGGGGACGACGAAAAACAGCCUUUGAAUGG